CUCCUCCUGGGAAAAAAAGAAGAAGUGGGGGGUGGGCUUGUGUGUGAUGCGUUUUUCCUCCUCUUCUCCCAACCCUUGGCUGUAUAUGGAGAUUAUCCCGAAGCCUCUCUCUCUCUCUUCCCACUGUUGUGAUUACUACCCUUCGGAGUGGAUUUAAUCCGGAUUAUACCGUCUAAACGGGGGGGGGGGGGGAAGAGGGACCUGGAUCCGGAGCAAAAGCCUGCUUGCUUUCGAGGUGGAGAUUCUGCAAAAGAAGCCUUGGGAAAUGCAUUGCUUUGGAAGAUCUCUUUGCAUUCUGAUUUGAUUCCAAAUAUUAUUAUAUUUAUAUAUUUUUGGGUUGGAAAAGGAUCCGGAAAACAUGCCAAAGAAGAGGAUUGAAUAGGGGAAAAACAACGCUCCUUUUGCAAGCACAAGGGAAACACGAGGACCCCCACCCCGAAGGUUGAGGAGCGGUCCGCCCCCCCCGAAGUUGCCGGAGGAUGGCGGAGCCCACGCCUGGGCCGGGGCAGCCCGGGGUCCGAGGGCCUUGAGUCUGGGGGUGCCACGCGGAGGAGGAGGAGGAUGGAUGGCCGAGACCUGGGGCCCCCGCGCUCGGUCCACGUCCCCCCGCCACUCCUCUCGGGGCUGGCCAUGGAGGGGCACCACCGCGUGGCCGCCCGCCUGGCCCCCCUGGCCGCCGGCCUCCCCCCGCCCGCCCCGCUCCCCCCGGGGAAGUACCUCAACCUGCAUUCCCACCCAGGUUUUUCCCACCUGCCGAACGGUCUGUAUCCAUCGUACAUUCCCUUGAGCCACCUGGAGCCCCAUAACAGUGGGAGCCCUUUGCUUGCUCAGCUGGGCCAGCACAGCCUCUUCGAGUCCCCAAAAGAUGGAUUUUAUCUCGCUGGCCACGUGGGGCAGCCGCCUUUGCACCCGCAGGGCCCUCCUCCAAGAGCGGCGGCCAACCACGCUUCGAGCCCCCUUCUCCGCGAAAAGGACCUCGGGCACUUACAUAGGAACCCAAAAGACCCGGCCGCCAAGGAGCGGUCGUACCGGAGCGACCUCUCUUUGUCCGGGGCCAAGAAGGAGAGCAAGCUGCGCGAGGAGCCCCGUCCGCACAGCGUGGUGGAUCUCACGCAGGACACGAAACCCGACAGCGACAGGAAAGUGGGCGGCCUGGAGAAGGCCGCCAAGCCCGGAGGGGAGCGGGCGUCCCCGUUCCUCGCCGAACACAUGCCAAACCGGGCGGCCCUUUGCGGAGAACCAAAGUGCAAGAACCCGCUGCAGACCUCCUCGCUCAGCAACUGCAACGGCGGAGGGGACGCCUUGGGGAAAGCGGCGGGGUCCGAGCAAGAGCGCUGCGCCAAGGAGCCCAACAGGCACGACGAGAACAUGAGGCCUUCUGCUCACGCACAGAAGCGGGCCGACUCGGCGACGGGCUCGGCCGCCGCUUUGCACGCCGCCUGCAGCUGCCCGUCCUCGACCCAGCCGGGGAAGCUGCCGCCGUCCCCCGCCUUCCCUCCCCACCCGGCCCAUUCCAACAUGUACACCAUCUUCCCCUUGAGCAAGGAUCCCGGGAGAGAACACAAAGUCAUCGCGCCCACCUUCGUGCCUUCCGUCGAGGCGUACGACGAAAGGAACGGCCCCAUCCAGAUCGCUUCCCAAGCCCGGGACAACUGCAAGGCGAAGGAGAAAGACACACCCGUUGCCGCUCGUGUCGGCGUCUUGCAAGCCGUGCCCGACCGGUGUCUGUCCGACGCCUCCCGCAACCUCUCCUCCCAAGAUUUCCCUGCGCACAUCGAGGCCAAAAGGAUGGAGCUGAUGCGGGAAAAAGGUUCCGUGAUCCGGGCCAACGCCAUGGUGCUGAAGAAGCAGGCGGCCUCGGAAAGUUUCCUCAACCGGCCGCGGCUCGGCUCCCCAGAAAGCAGGGAGUUCCUGGCCUCAAAAGACUUGCUCAAAUCGGAAACCGAACACCGCGACCGGGACCGGUUUCAACGCUCUGGCUGCAAAGAAGCGGCGAAGAUAUAUGGCACUUUGGACUCUCCUUCUUCAUCUUCGUCCUCUUCCUCUACCAACUCCUCUUCCUCUUCCUCCUCCCGGCAGCAUCUCGAUCACAGCCAACAGAAAUGGAAACCUUUCGAAAUGGGGAACUUUGCCACCACGCAGAUGGCUGUCCUAGCCGCCCAGCACAACCACGUCAACCGGGUGGAGGAGGAGGCCAAGAAGGUGUAUCUCGACCCCAGCAGCUUGCAACGGUCCUCGGCAGUGGUGUCCCGGAGCGCGCCUGAAAACCUCCACCCGGCUUCUCACAGCGAAGGCUCGGCCAUGCAAAGCCUCAUCAAGUACAGCGGCAGCUUCGCCAAGGAGGCUUCGACCCGCCAGGGCAGCGGCAAGAGGAGCCCGUUCGGGGGUCUCGGCAACAUGAAGCUCGACCCCAACCAGCAAGGCUCUUCCAAGACCCAGCCACUGCUUCCUCACCAGGCCAGCAAACAGCUGAAGAAGGAGCCCGAGCGCCCCGAGAGUGCCAAAUCGUUCGGGCGCGAGAGCAUUGGCUCUCAGGGAGAGGUGGAGGUCCGGCACCUGCCCGUGGGCAUUGCCGUGGCUGUGGCCCGGCAAAAGGACAACAACGGCGGCUCCAAGAUGGGACAAGGCCUGGUGGACCGGGACCGUUCUCUUUCCCUGAGCAACGUCAAAGGGCAUGGGCGUUCAGAAGAAGACUGUGGGGACGAUCGGGCGCGCCAUCGAGACAGUCACCUCCUGGCAAGUCGUCUGGAACGAGACCAAGAGAAGCUCCUCAGAGAAAGCAAAGAACUGGCGGACUUUGCUCGGAUCCAUCCGGCUGGCUGUGCCACCAACGGCUUGAACGCCAACCUCAUGGUGACGGGAGGGCCACCCUUGGCCGGCUCAGGGCGGUGGUCUGCUGACCCAGCAUCCCACCUGGCAACUCACCCGUGGCUUCCCAGGACGGGCAGCUCUUCCGUGUGGCUAGCCGGCCAUCCGUAUGGACUGGGCCACCCUUCCUUGCACCAAGGCAUGGCUCCCGGCUUCCCCGCGACCAUCGGUGGAGCCUUGUCUUCCGCCUACCAGUUUGCCAGGGACCCUCAGUCUGGCCAGCUUGUCGUGAUCCCCAGUGAGCACCUGCCACACUUUGCGGAGCUGAUGGAUCGCGCGCCACCCCUCUGGCCCGCUGUGUACCCCCCGACGAGGAACUCUCUCCAGCAUGCCCACCAGCUCCAGCUCUUGUCUCACCAGCAACUCAUCCGCCAGCAUGAGCUGUACAUCCUCCAGCAGCAGGCAGCACAUGCCAUGGAGCUGCACAGGAGUGCGCAGCUGGUGGAGAGGCUAAAAGCUAGCGAGCAGCGGGUGGAGAUGGAAGAGAAGCUGUCCAAGCGAAACCUGGAGAGCGCCAAGGCCGGCCUGGCCCCUUCCAACGCCGGCCUCUUGCACCGGAAGCCCCCCGUUCUGUCCCCCAGCCUGUCUGCGUCCUACAGCAAGGCCGUGAGUCCACCUCUCCUGUCUCCCAGGGCCUCGCCCGUGUCUGUGCUCAAAGCUGAGGUUAUCCAAAAGAUGGAAGAGCCGCCUACGCAACCGGCCUAUUCCUACCCCGCGACUCCCAUCUCCCACCCCUCUAGCCCGCCCCCCGCUUCUCCGCCCCCCGUCCCCACCAUGCCUCCAAAGGAAGAGGAAGGACCCGAGAGUGUGGAGAAGAAAGAACUGGAGCUGGAGAAGGACGCCUCCAGUCCGUAUCAGGCCCUGUUCCCAGAAAUUCCAUCGGGAUACCCAUUCCAGUCCCUCCCAGCAUCCUUCCGGAGACAUUACCCGUACCUCCUUCAGCCGACCGCUGCCUCAGAUGCCGACGGCCUGGCUCCGGACGUCCCGCUGCCCACCGGAGACCCCGAGCGCCUGGCCCUUUCUCCCGAGGUCAAACCCAUCCAUCUCUCCCCGUCCAAAAUGGUCAAACCCAUCCAGACUGUGGAGGAAGAGGAGUCUUUGGAAGAGAGGGUGAAAACAGAGGUGGAGCUGGACGAAAACCAGGAGGAUGUUCUCUGUGAGCCGGAGAUGGAGGCUUUGAGCAUGGCAGACUCGGUUGCCCUUCCCGUCCAGGACGUGAGCAAUUGCGCCCUUCUGUUGCAUCAUGCCAAAGCCCUGCAGUGCGAGGAAGAACGUGACGAUGAAGACGAGGAGGAAGAUGAAGAAGAGGACGAAGAAGACGCUCUCCAGGAGUGCCCGCCUGCCUAUCAAGGGAUGCCCUGCUCCGUGGAAUUGGAGUCCCAAGUGGAAGCCACCAGUGACGUUGAAUCUUGCCCGGUCCACAUUGACUACAAUGGGGCUUUGUUGCACACUGAACUACCUGAAGCGGACCUCAUCCCUCGGCCAGAAGGUCCUUGCGUGAUCUCAGAAAUGCCUCACAUCCGCUCUCCCCGGACAAGGAGGGAAUUUCCUAGCACAUUUCAGGAAGAGGAGGAGGAGCCCAUGUUGGGGGGUGAGGAGGCCUCCUGCCAAGUCCCACACCUGGACAUCAAACCAGACGACCCUUUAGCUGGCAUGAACGUCUUGGCGGCGGCAGCCGAACUGCCCCAGGCGUGCUCCUUCCUGCCGAGCGAUGGCAUCACCCAGGAGGCGGUGGUCAACCUGGAAGUGUCCUCCUCCCUCUCGCCAGAGCACACCUUCCUGCAAGGGAUCACCUUGUUGAGUGAAAUCGCCGAGAUCGAGCUGGAGAAGAGGAGGCAGGAGAUGCAAGCAGGGAUGGAGAACUUCCCCAUCCGCCCGACCCUGGAGAGCCUGCUAGCUGCCAGCACCCAAAUGCUGAUGGAAGUCCUCUCCACGCCCUUCGUGGAUGGCCUCAAGAACAUCCGUCUUCCUCGAGAACUGAAUCCCAACAAAAAGUACAGCUGGAUGCAAAAGAAAGACGAAGCGAUGUACUCCAUCAAGUCAUCUGUUGAGAACAUGGACGCAAUGGAGUUGGACUACAGGAUGAGGCUGGCCGAACUGCAGAGGAGGUACAAGGAAAAACAGAGGGAACUGGUGAAGCUGCAACGGCGGAGAGACUCCGAGGAAAAUCAUGACGAGAAAAGUAGAAGCUUGGCCAGACGAGGCCCAGGAAGGCCCAGGAAGAGGAAGCAUGGAUCGAGUGCUCUGUCGCCUCCUAAGGAGAGAGGGAAGAGCGGCUGCAGGAGCGGAAAACUAAGCAAGUCCUUACUCCUCUCUGAAGACUCGGAAACUGGUGAAGGCACCCGGAAGAGACACAGAGGCAUUUUCCUUGACGACGAAGAGGAGAUGGAGAGCAGGACCGGGAGGAUGAAAGGCAGGAAUCGCAGCUGGGAUGAGCAGGAUGUCUUAGCCAACUUCUCCAAUGAGCUAAAGAUUAAGAAGAAGAAGCUGGCCUCCGAUCAGGAGCAACUGGUGAGCAAGCUCGACAAAGCCCUGUCUCUCACCAGGCGCAACAAAUUGAGAUCGCCCUUUAAGUUUGCGGACGGCUCUGUGGGAAGGCAGAGAAACGGCGGCUGUUUCGGCAGUCGAUACCUGUCGCCGCACGAGGCCUUCCUUGGCAAAGAGGACAAGAAGCACUUGGCCAAGACGAUGAGCUUCUCUCUGAAGGCUUCCAAAGAAGGUAAAAACAAAAUGUCUGGCAAAAUGAAGAAGAUGGAGGUGGGGCUCAGAGUCAAGGGCCACCUGAAGGUUUCCAGUUCACCAGCAAUAUCCGAAGCUAGCAGCUACUCCUACAAUACAGACUCUGAGGACGAUGACGAAUCCCUGCAGGACGAGUGGUCUUCCCAUUCCCCGGCCAGCUCCAGAACGAGACCCCCCGGGCUCUACGGUGUUGUGGCCCCAAAGAGCGGCCGGAUCGCAGGCGGCCUCAAGGCGACCGCCAAGGGCCUCUCUGCCGCCAGAACUCUCAAAUCUAAACUGGCGGCUGCCCGGAAGCAGCCCUUCUGUUUGCUGCCCAGAGAGGCCGAAGCUGGAUAUGCAUUCAGUGAUUCUUCGGAGGACUCGUUCGAUCAAGAUUCUAGCUCCGAAGAUGAAGACGAAGAAGAGGAGGAGGAGGAGGAGGAGGAGGAAGAGAAGGAAGUGGCAAGCUAUGGGAUGGGCAGCAGCGACAGGCUUUCUCCUCCCGCUUUGGACGAGAGCGGCUUGGGUCUGCUGGCGAGAUUUGCAGCCAGCGCCAUGCCGAGUCCCAUCAUCCCGCCUUCCCUUUCCAUUAUCCAGCUCGAAGCCAAGCAGAAAGCAAAGAAGAAGGAGGAGAGGCAGAGCUUGAUGGGAACAGAGUUUGAGUACACGGACUCGGAGAGCGAGGUGAAGAUCAGGAAGAAAUCUCCCUCCGGGUUGCUCCGUGGAAAGAAGGGCCUUCUGGACCAAAGUGCUGCCACGGCGGUCCAGUCCGUCAUCACCAUGGAUCCGGCUCCGGGUGGAAGCACGGACAAGGCCAAGUCGGUCCCCGAAAAGAGCCGGAAGCUGAAGAAGCUCAAGUCCCCCAAGGACCUGCCCUUCGAGUUUGGCCUGGAAGUGAGUGACGACGAUCUCUGGACCCGGCGGAGGAGCGAGCGGAUCUUCCUUCACGAUGCCACCAUGUCCUCGCCCGUCUUGUCCCCGGCCACGGCCAACGGCUCCAACUCCGUUUCCAAAACGGGCCGCUGCGUGAAGAGCACCUCCUCCAUGAGCCCCAAGAAAGAGGGGAGCAAAGGGAAGGAGCGGAAAGAACUCAGCAAGAAGAAGAAGAACAAAGAAGGUCCGUUCUGCUCUUCUUCGUCCUCGUCCUCCUCGUCCUCUUCCUCGCUCUCCCCGCCGGGCAUGGCCAGCUCUCCGCCAGACCUCCGCACCAGCUUGGCCAGCUCCCUGGGCUCUGGCAAGAAGAGCAAAGGCAAGGCCAAGACUAAAGAGGUGAAGAAAGAGAACCGAGGGAAAGGAGGUGCCGUCAGCAAGCUCAUGCAGAGCAUGGCCGCGGAGGAGGAUUUUGAGCCAAACCAAGACAGUAGUUUCUCCGAGGAUGAAAAUAUGCCACUGAAUGUGCUUCUGGAGCGGCCGCUGACUCCAGCCCCCCGGUCUUGCAUUAUCGACAAAGACGAGUUGAAGGACGGCCUUCGAGUCUUGAUCCCCAUGGACGACAAGCUGCUUUACGCCGGCCACGUGAAGACCGUCCACUCUCCGGACAUAUACCGAGUGGUGGUGGAAGGAGAGCGCGGGAAUCGGCCCCACAUCUAUUGCUUGGAGCAGCUGCUGCAAGAGGCGAUCAUUGACGUGAAACCCCCUUCGGUGCGGUUCCUGCCCGAAGGCACAAGAAUCGCUGCCUACUGGAGUCAACAGUACCGCUGCCUCUAUCCCGGAACGGUUGUCCGAGGCGCUCAUGAUCAGGAGGAGGAUGGAGACUUGAUCACCGUAGAGUUCGAUGAUGGCGACACCGGGCGGAUCCCCUUAUCUCACAUCCGGCUUCUUCCAACUGAUUACAAGAUCCAGUGUGCCGAGCCUUCUCCGGCCCUCUUGGUUCCCAGCAUGAAACGACGCAGCCGCAAAUCCAGCAAGGAUACUGGAGAAGGAAAAGAAGGAACUGGGAUGGAAUCAGAGGAGAUCACUUCAAAAGGCAAAGGACGUGGGAGAAAACCAAGCAACAAGGAGAAAACUGAAGAAAGCAUCCUAACAGAACCAACAAACCAGGAGGAAAUACCUGCAAACCUUUCUCAUCUGCCCGAAAAGGCUGUUUGCAAGCAGACUGUGAAAAGCUCAAAGAAAACACAACCAGUCCCUGCCAGAUCCUCUCCAGAUCCCACAGAAGAAAAACACCAGAGUAAAGGCAGCAAGAUGAAGAUUUCAGCCAAACUGCACAGUCCAUCUCAGUCCUCUUUCCAGUCACCAGUGUUUAGCAGCAUUCGUGGCAAUGAGCAGUACACUGAGCUCUCCGGCAUCUUGGGGGCCUUCGGUUCUUCCGACGUCUCUUCCCAUAAAGUCAAAUCAAAGAAAGGGAAGUCCUCCGAGGAAUCACAGGAGUUUGGGUCGACGGCCAAAGCCCAGAGGAAGAUCCCUGACAGUGAGGUCCUGAUCAAGCUAGACCAUGAGGGGGUCAUGUCUCCCAAAACCAAGAAGACAAAAGAGGCCAUGAGGAUGCUGGGAAGUUCAAACUUGGCCGGCAGGAGGGACACCAAGAACAUCCUGGGAAUGAGCUACAAUCCCAUUGCAAGUGCCGACGCCAAGCAGAAAUCUUCAAGGAACAAAGGAGCUGGCAGUGGAGAAGCUUCUGCCCCGAAGUUUUCCAGCAAGUUUGGAGAGAAUCCUUCAUCUUCCAAAGAUCACGAGGACAAAGACAAAGCAGAGCCAGCAGGAGACGAAUCCGAAAGCAACAGCAGUGGCAGCAGUUCGGAGUCUGAAGGGGAAGAAGAGGCAGAGAAGAACGGCGGUGGUGCCCAAGAUGACAGCUCUGCCAGCUCGCGGGCUUCCACGCCCAUGUCUUCGUCAAACUCCUCCUCUUCCUCCAGCAGUAGCAGCUCCUCUUCCUCCUCCUCCUCCUCCUCCUCCACUUCCUCUUCCUCUUCCAGCUCCAGCUCUUCCUCCUCCUCCUCCUCUUCCACCACCACGGAUGAGGACUCUUCCUGUAGCUCGGACGACGAGACCUCUGAAUCCCAGCCCGGUGUUUCUUCUGCCCAGCAAACUUUGCCGUCCAAGCCAGACAAACAGGCUGGGAAGUCUCGCUCAGCUUCCCACCCGCCGGGUUCCAAGCAGCCACCGCCUCAACCAUCGCCACCACAAGCACAACAGCAGCAGCAGCAGCAGCAAGCGGUACAGAAGCAACCAAGCGGGAACAAGAACCGGCCCAAGAAGCGCGAGGGGAUCCACCUGCCCACCACCAAGGAGCUUGCCAAGCGCCAGCGGCUGCCUUCCGUGGAGAACAGGCCCAAAAUCGCUGCCUUCCUACCUGCGCGACAGCUUUGGAAGUGGUUUGGGAAGCCUACCCAGAGGCGUGGGAUGAAGGGAAAAGCCCGGAAGCUUUUCUACAAGGCCAUCGUCCGUGGAAAGGAGAUCAUCCGCAUCGGAGAUUGUGCCGUCUUCUUAUCGGCUGGGCGGCCCAACCUGCCUUACAUUGGCCGGAUCCAAAGCAUGUGGGAGUCCUGGGGGAACAACAUGGUUGUCCGAGUGAAGUGGUUUUACCACCCAGAAGAGACUAAUCCUGGGAAGAAGCUCAAUGAAGGCAAGCGCUGGGAUCAGAAGUCCGGGAGGAGCCUCUCCACCGCUCUGCAGGGUUCCAGCCAAAGGAAAGACUUCAUGGAGCGUGCGCUGUACCAGUCUUCCCACGUAGACGAAAAUGACGUCCAGACAAUCUCGCACAAAUGUCUGGUGGUCGACUUGGAGCAAUACGAGCAGAUGCUGAAAACCAAGAAAUACCAGGACAGCGAAGACCUUUACUACCUAGCGGGGACGUACGAGCCCACCACGGGCAUGAUAUUCAACACAGAUGGGGUCCCGGUCAUCUGUUAAAAAGAACAAAAGGAAUUCUUGGAGGAAUCCCACCCUCCCAAAGCAUUGAGAUUAAGACCCUUCGCCUCUAAUAGAAGAGGAGGAAGAAGAAAGAGACGACGACAAAGAAGAAUGGGAUGUAAUGAAAUGUAUGUGCCUGUUUUAACGACAGCAUGAUUGUUUUAACACUCGGUCACAUCGUUCCAGAAAACACAAAACGAGACUCCGGAGAUUUCAGAAACAGAACGGUCGACUUGUGCAAAAGAAGGGAAAUAUGGUUUUUUUCAGAAACGAAAUAGGGAAACACGUUUGCAAUCUGUCCUCAUGCGAACUAGAACUUCUUUGGGUUGCCGUGCCACGUCGCCAGAAUCGAGUUGAACUUUGGGCACGUCCCCACCUUCCCUCCCACGGUUCAGACUUUCAUAGGAUAUUUCAGGAAACUCAACGUCUUCUCAAACCUUCAGGACAAUCCACCCAGCCUUCCUUCCUUCCUUACCAAGAACCACAAGACGAACUAUACAAAGUCAGCGAGAUGCUCAUGGAGAUGUUUGGUCAACCUGCAAGUGUCCUCAGAUGGAAGGAGAGGAGACCACUUUGGAAGCCACGGUUGAGAAUCCUAACGUUUGAGAGAGAUCAGUCUCUCAACGGUGUCAUUCCUAGAUUCAUCUUCCUGCCACUCUCUCCUUCCAAACACCUUGGUUUUGUGAGAUAAGGUGCUUUCUAUUCCAAGCAGGGGCGGCUGAAUGAGAAACUUUUCUUCCUCCUCUAAAGAUGAAUGUAAGUGAGCAGGUCCUGCUUGGAUAGCCCAGAUCUUGCUUCCGUCAAGGUGUGUGUUUGGGACAGUGGCUGUUUGGCUCUUUGCUGCUCCUGAUUCAGGAACUCGAGAAAAACACCCUUCCACACAAACACACACAUAUAUACACACAUAUGCACACACACACACACACAUAUAUGGAGCUCUCGGUGGUGCAACGGAUUAAAUCCUUGGGCCGGCAGGACUGCUGACUUAACGAUUUUGGGAUAAGCAGGUGAGCUCCCUCUGUCAGCUCCAGCUCCACGAGAGAAGCCUCCCACAGGAUGGUAAUACAUCAAACAUCCGGGCAUCCCCUGGGCAAUGUCCUUGCAGAUGGCCAAUUCUCUCACACCAGAAGCAACUUGCAGUUUCUCAAGUCAUAUAUAUAUAUAUGUAUAUGUAUAUAUAAAAAUUUAUAUAUAUCACACACACACACACAUAUAUAUAUAUCAUACACACACAUCACACACAUAUAUAUAUAAUUCAUAUAUAUAUAUAUAUAUAUAUAUAUAUAUAUAUAUAUCACACACACACACACAUAUAUAUAUAUAUCUCACACACACAUAUAUAUCACGCAUAUAUAUAUCAUACACACACACACAUAUAUAUCACUCACACACACAUAUAUAUUAUACACAUCACACCCACACACACACAUAUAAUUCAUAUAUAUAUAUAUAUAUAUAUAUAUAUAUAUAUAUGUGUGUAUUUAUAUAAUUCAUAUAUAUAUAUAUAUAUAUCUCACACACACAUAUAUAUCACGCAUAUAUAUAUCAUAUACACACACGCACGCCCAUAUAUAUAUCAUACACACACACAUAUAUCACACACACACACAUAUAUAUAUAUUAUACACAUCACACCCACACACACAUAUAUAAUUCAUAUAUAUAUAUUCCAGAUAUAUAUAUAUAUAUAUAUAUAUAUAUAUAUAUAUAUAUAUAUAUAUUAUAUAAUUCAUAUAUAUAUAUAUCUCACACAUAUAUAUAUCAUGCAUAUAUAUAUAUCAUACACAUAACACACACACACAUAUAUAAUUCAUAUAUAUAUAUAUAUAUGUAUUUAUAUAAUUCAUAUAUAUAUAUAUAUAUAUAUAUAUAUCACACACACACAUAUAUCACACACACACAUAUAUAUAUAUUAUACACAUCACACCCACACACAUAUAUAUAAUUCAUAUAUAUAUAUAUAUGUAAGUAUAUAUAUAUAAUUCAUAUAUAUAUAUAUAUAUAUAUAUAUAUAUAUAUAUAUAUAUAUCUCACACAUAUAUUUAUCAUACACAUAACACACACACACACAAACAAAUAUAUAUUUCAAUCAAUCACGCCUGGACCUGAUGACCCAACCACCUUCUGAAGACUCCUCAGUGUUUUGCACCGGACAGAAUAUUCCAGACCCUUUCCCUCUUCUUGACCCCCCACUAAAGACUAAGGAGAAGAUGGCACUUGCAGAAACACGUGGCGUUUACCACGGAGGGAAGCGUUGGCCAUGGCACCGCAUGGCACUGGGUGCGAGACCAGCUCAACCAACCGUCGCCACCCGAUUCCCACUUCCCGCAACGUUUGCCAACCCACCUACCCACCCAUCCCUCUAACCACCCAUCCAUCCUUAACCCUUUUGCCAUUUCGGGGCCUGGGACAUCCCCGAACGAGAUACAGGGACAAUCAGAAAAGGAGGCAAAGGUGAGAACGGACAAGAAUAAUAAUUCUGUAUUUUGCACUUAUGAAAAACAAAACCAACGAACUUUUACACUACAGACGUAACGAAGACGCCGCGAUUGUUUCUGCCCAAGUUGGACUGUUUCCAUUCCGGCACUACAGUGGGGAGAUACAUGGACAGAUAUAUCUAUAUAUAUAUAUUGUCUUUUUUUAACGCUGCGGCGAGGCAUCCGGUCCAAGGGAAAGGCAUCCUUCUCUGUUUCCAACCCUUUUCUGGGAUUCUUCGCGACCGAUUUUUAAAAGAACCACACUGGUGCUGCUUUGUAUUGCCCGCCUUUCCCCGUACCGUGGGCCACCACCGCUUCCAAACAAAACUUUUUGACGUGUCUUUUAAACUCACUCAACGUACACACCCACACCAAAAGACUUGUGUAUUGUUCUCCUUUCCCUUCUGUAUCCUAAGACAAAGCAAACCAACAAACCGACCGACUUUAUUGUGUGAGAAAGAUAGAAAAGAGGAGGAAGGCGAAAAGCAGAAUGGGUCCGACUUUUUAAUUAUAACUAUAAAGUAUAAAUAUAUAAAUAUAUAUAAAUAUAUAAACAUUUUUUUUAAAAAAAAACUGUGAAAAAAAUAAUAAUGACGAAAUCCUAUAUGAGAAAAAAAAAAAAGCAAAAAGCAAAACACGGUCUGACAUUUAGACUCCUCUAUUUUUUAAUUUCCUGUUGGGAUUGUUGCGACCGCAAGGGAACAGGAAACAUCCAAAACGUUUGCUUUACAUAGACAAAAUAAUAAUAAUUAAAAAAAAAUUGCGUACUGUACUCGUGUCGAAGCAACUCGGUGUGAGAGCAAAGUGUUUUAGAAACUUUAAAAAGUGACGCAGAGAGCGAGGAUUUAAGCGAAUGUUAAAUAGAAAGCACUUAACUGCCCAUUGCCUUCUAUGGAACACAAGGAAUUUUUGUAGACAAUCGAGAGGAAAGGAGCCAGGUUUUUGUCCCUUUUCCCCACACUGUUGUUGUUAUUUUUGUCGUUGUUAUGUUUUCGGUUCCUCCCCUCACCCCCCCUUUUUUGCAUUCUGUUUGUUGCCGAAUUAUGUGUGAUUCCUUUUCAUAAAAAAACUAUGAUUGAAAAACUAAA